AUGGGUUUCAUCACCAAGGCCAUUCCUAUCGUCCUGGCGGCGUUGUCGACUGUCGAUGGUGCUAAGAUCCUCGAGGCUGGCCCUCAUGCAGAGACCAUCCCCAACAAGUACAUUGUUGUCAUGAAGCAGGAUGUUUCUCACGAGGCUUUCAACGCCCAUGCAACUUGGGUUGGCAACAACUUCAGCCGCCGCCCAAUGCGCCGCGGUGGUAGCUUCAAACCCAUGGCUGGAAUGCAGCACAAAUUCUCCUUGGGAGGCACCUUCAAGGCCUACACUGGCGAGUUCGAUGAAGCUAUGAUAAAGGAUAUCUCCAACCAUGAUGAUGUCGACUUCAUUGAGCGUGACACCGUUGUGAAGGCCACUGCUAUCACCCAGCAGGAUAAUGUUCCCUCUUGGGGCCUCGCCCGCGUUGGCUCUAAGGAGGCUGGUGGCUCUACCUACUACUAUGAUGACACCGCUGGCAAGGGCGUCACGGCCUAUAUCAUCGAUACAGGUAUUGAUAUCCACCACGGAGACUUCGGUGGCCGUGCCAAGUGGGGUAAGAAUUUCGUUGAUAAAAUGGAUGAGGACUGCAACGGCCACGGAAGCCAUGUUGCUGGAACUGUUGGUGGUACCAAAUUCGGUGUUGCUAAGGGUGUCAACCUUGUUGCCGUUAAGGUCCUUGAUUGCGAAGGCUCCGGAUCCAACUCUGGUGUCAUCAUGGGCAUGGAAUGGGCUAUGAAGGAGGCAUCUGGUGGCGGCAACAGCACCGCUAAGGCUGCUGGAAAGUCCGUCAUGAACAUGUCCCUCGGCGGACCUCGCUCUGAGGCCUCCAACAAGGCUGCUAAGGCCAUUGCUGAUGCCGGUAUCUUCAUGGCUGUCGCUGCUGGUAAUGAUAACAUGGACGCCCAGCAUUCUUCUCCCGCUUCUGAGCCAUCUAUCUGCACUGUCGCUGCUUCCUCUGAGGAUGACAGCAAGGCUGACUUCUCUAACUACGGAGCCGUUGUCGACAUUUACGCCCCAGGAAAUGAGAUCACCUCCGUUAAGCCAGGAAACGGCACUGACACUCUUUCUGGUACCUCCAUGGCUUCUCCUCACGUCUGUGGUCUCGGUGCUUAUCUCAUUGGAUUGGGCAAGGAGGGCGGCCCAGGUCUCUGCGAUACUAUCAAGGAGAUGGCCACUGACGCUAUCAAGAACCCUGGCGAGGGCACCACCGGCAAGCUUAUCUACAAUGGCAGCGGCAAAUAA